AUGGAAGGUACGACGUGGCUUAAUUUCUGGAACUGUGAAACUCCAAAAAACGAAGGUAGCACCAUCCGUGGUGGUGCGGGAAGAGGCAUUGCCGCCAAAAGACUUACCAUUGCAAGCGAUAAAUCACAACAUAAAAGGGUUCUCUCUCACCCUGCGUUAGUUUCGUGUGUUGAGAAGCACAAAGAGGCAGAGAUUCAAGGAAGUGCAGUUGACAUUGAAGCCUUGGAUUUCAAGCCUGAGGACGAUGACUUGAUGGAUGAGGAGGGCACCCCCGACGCUGACGCUUCUCUGCCUCAACCUAAGCUUAAAUUCACCUUCACCGCCAUUGUCGCCCCCAAAAAGACCAAGGGUUGUGAAUUCCGGCAGGAUACCGAUGCCAACUGUGACACUCGCCUCUCUGACUCUGACUCUCUCACCAUCGAGGGCGGCCCUGGCCGUCAAAGAUCCACUAAAGGAUGGAUCAUUUUGGUCAUUGACGUGCACGAGGAAGCGCAAGCGAAUGAUUUGCAAAACGCCUUUGGUGAAUAUGGAGAGAUUAAGAACCUGCAUUUGAAUCUCGAUCGUCGCACUAUUUUUGUCAAAGUAACUCUUUUCAUUCCUAAGUUGCUCUGGCACCGCCCCUUGCACCACCACCAACAGUACAGACGACAAAUACUAAAAUAA